CCAUCACUGGCGCCUCCAGUCUCAAUGGGAAAAACCUUUUUUCUUCUUAUCCCCAAACAAGGACGAGAAUGUGAUUAAAAACGGGGGAAAAUGCCAAGGAGGAAGCAGGAGCAACCCAAGCGCCUGCCUUCGCAUGUGGACAGCAACGAGGAAGGAGGGCCUGAUGACGGUCCUGUGGAGGAGGAAGGCUGGUUUGGGAAUGCUUCUGACACACGCUCAGAGUCGUCGUCCUAUGGAGACACCCAGGAUGAGCUCCUCCUGCCCAGGGGCUCCUCUCCUGAUGAACGGCCUGGAGUCAGCACCGGGUCCGGGGACCCCGACACCUGCGGAGGUGAGAGCUCGUUGGGUUGCCCUACGCCCGUCCAUCGUGCCUCUUUGGAACUUCUUGGACUGGAUGGAGGUGCAUUCUCGGCCCAGGACACACUCUCCUCCGUGGUGUCGUCGCUGUAUGGUGAGGCAGCAUCUCGUGCCCUGGGAAAACCCCUCAGCAGCAACCUACGGCGCCUCCUAGAGGCUGGGUCGCUGAAACUUGACACUGGGGAACUCCUGGGUCGGUCAUCCAGGGGAGGUGCCGGCGGGGAAUCUCCUCCAAUAGGUCUAGCCCCACCUUUGACCCUCUCCCCGUCUUCACACCAUGCCCAACAGUUAAGUGCUCUUGCCCGCAAACUGGCCAAUAACAACAACAGCGGCUCAGCCUCACCAGCCUCCUUGGCACCCUCAGUCACCAACAUUAAGCAAGAGCCCCUUGACCCCUUUAACUCUGUCACCCCCAGCAACGGCAGUGGCUUUGUAUGGGCAGGUGUCGCAGAUAAAUGGCCACCGGCCAGCUGCUCCACGCCCUGCGGCUCCAGCCUGUCCCCGGACUCUGCAAUCCAGAAGUUAAAAGCAGCAGCAAAUGCCGUACUUCAAGACAAGAAUGCCGUGGCCUCCUCCUCAACAACUUCUUCCUCCUCCUCCACCUCUGCCUCAUCUGCAGUGCCCGCCCUGGGAGGGGGUGGUCGAGGAGACGACGUGGUGCGCUUCGAUGCCUUCAACUCUCCGUUCAGCCCACAGUCGGCUAGCUCCACCCUCGCUGCGCUUUCCAAGAAAGUCAGCGAGCGGAGCCAAGCCUCGUCAACAGCCAGCGCUGCUCCUGACCACCAAGCCUCAGCCAGUUCCUUUCUCUCGCUCGUGUCAAUGACCUCCUCUGCUGCCUUGCUCAAAGAGGUGGCGGCCAGGGCAGCAGGAAACCUGCUGGCAGAGAAGAAGGACGGUUCCUCCUUGGCGACUGCUGGGGUCCUCCAAGAGGAUGUGAAGCCCCUGCUGGACAAAAACCAGAAGGCUCCCACGCCCUCCACACCCACCCAGGGCCUAGAGUUGCUGUUGCCCUCUACUCCAAAGGGCAGAGGCAAACCCAACAGCCAAGCAGGCUCUCCCGAGGAUGGGGGCAAACCAUUCCAGUGUCCUGUGUGUGGACUGGUCAUCAAACGCAAGAGCUACUGGAAGAGACACAUGGUCAUCCACACGGGCUUGAAAAGCCACCAGUGUCCCUUGUGUCCCUUCCGCUGUGCUCGCAAAGACAAUCUCAAGUCCCACAUGAAGGUACAUCAGCACCAGGACCGGGGUGAGACGUUUCAGUGCGAACUUUGCCCCUUCACCUCCUCCCGUCACUUCAGCCUGAAGCUUCACAUGCGCUGCCACCAGCACUUCCCCCGCACAGACGUCAAAGUGAAAGAGGAGCUCACCACCGACACGGAGGGCGAGGGCUCCCUGAUGGGUGACAGCGGCUCCGCGGACCUGAGGGGGACGGAGGCGUCCCCGCUGCAUUCAGACACUCAGCAGCAGACGUCGCCUCCGGUCGAGGCCUCCUCCAAUCACGUCCACAUCAAGGAGGAGCCGCAGGAGAGAGAUCUGUCUGUGCUCUCCCCCUUUAGCAUGUGCAGGGACCGUCCCAGCAGCAGUGCCAACUCCCUGGACCUACCUGGAGUCGGGGUCGGAGUCGGGGUCAGAUCCAGUCCUAGUGGUCCAACCACGGCCUCCCUCUUCAGCCCUGACAUCAGCACCAAGACAGCCACUGACCUGCUUAUGAAGCUUUCAGCGGCCAACCAGAGGGAGACGCUCAAGUCUCCGUUCCACCUGAAGGAAGAGCCCAAAGUGGAGGAAGCGUUGAGCCCUAGACCAUCCUCCCAGUCCCAGAGCCAGGUCCAGCCGAGCUUCCCUGCGACUUUCUGCCAGGACGGGCCAGCGGGGGCUGCGGCAGCCGCAGAGCGCCCAGGGCCACUGAAACCAAGGGAAGGGAGCCCCAUGGCGAAGAACAGCUUGCUGAGCCAGGACAUCAGCGUUAAGGUGGCGUCUGAGCUGCUGAUUAAGCUCUCAGAGAACAACAAAGACGCCCAGUACCAGAAGGUGAAAGUUAAGGCAGAGCCCAUGGAGGUGGACCCGCCCCCCGCAGAACUCACCCCACCUGCCUCUCACCUGCUGGCCUUCAGCACUUUAGGGGCAAGUGAGAAGAGUGAGCCGAUGAGCAACCUCCCCGAGACGUUGGCCCGCCCCCAGAAAGACCUCUUCUCCCAGGACAUAUCGGUCAAAAUGGCCUCGGAACUACUGUUCAAAUUGUCAGAAAAAGUCAGCAAAUCCAACAACCACAAAGACAGUAACAUGGUGGGAAUAAACAGUCCGUUCCUGGACGAGUGCUUCAGACAAUCACCCUUUAACUCGGGCUCCAAGAGCUCAUCCCCAGCAGAGGCCAGCUCUUCUACCAGAGCGGCGUUUCAUGACUCGGAAAAGGAUGAUGGGGAGCCGGGAAACGGGAUUGCCCAGUGGAGACUAAAUGAACAGCUCUUCCCCUGUCCGGUCUGUGGCAAGGUGUUCGGCCGACAGCAGACUCUUUCCAGACAUCUGUCUCUGCACACGGAAGAGAGGAAGUACAAGUGUCACCUGUGUCCUUACGCGGCCAAGUGCAGGGCUAACCUCAAUCAGCACCUGACCAUCCACUCUGUCAAGCUGGUCAACACAGACGCCGAGCAGAUCGUCAGCGCUGUUACAGCCGACUCUGCCGAGCGCAAGAACUGCCCCUACUACUACAGCUGCCAUGUGUGUGAUUUCCAGACGGAGCUGAACGCCCAGUUUGUCAGCCACAUGUCGCUCCAUGUGGACAAGGAGCAGUGGAUGUUCUCGCUCUGCUGCAGCGUCUGCGACUACGUCUGCAUGGAGGAGAACGACAUGAAGAACCACAUUAGUACUGGACAUGCAGGUCUGAACUCAAGGAGUCCCCUCAGCGAGACCAAGAGCACCUCCUCGUCGCUCUCGGCCCUCAGCGAUUCACUCAACAGCUCGGAGGGCGGAGACCUCACCCACGGUAACGAAGAACUCAGGGGCCUGCUCGCCCCGCCCUCCUCCGCAGGCAGCCAGUCCAGCUCUGGAAGCCACUCGGGAUCAGGAACUGAGGACAAGUCUGACAAAGGCUUCGAGUGUGUCUUCUGCAAUUUUGUGUGCAAGACGCGUAGCAUGUAUGAGCGGCACCUGCAGAUCCACCUCAUCACGCGAAUGUUCGAGUGCGACGUCUGCCACAAGUUCCUCAAGACGCCCGAGCAGCUUCUGGAGCACAAGAAGUGCCACACCGUCCCCUCCGGAGGGCUCAAGUGCCCUUUCUGCAUCUACUCCACCAAUCGUCCAGCGGCCAUGGAGUGCCACCUAAAGACGCACUGUAAGAUGGAGUACCGCUGCCGCAUCUGUCAGGGACUGUGGCCCGACCAGACCUCACUGGAGGCCCACAUGCGCGGGCACCGCCUGGGCAACCACUACAAGUGUGAGCAGUGUGGCUACUUGUCCAAGACGGCCAAUAAGCUGAUCGAGCAUGUGCGUGUGCACACGGGCGAGCGGCCCUUCCACUGCGACCGCUGCUCUUAUAGCUGCAAGCGCAAGGACAACCUCAACCUGCACAAGAAGCUGAAGCACGCGCCGCGCCAGACUUUCGGCUGCCAAGAGUGCCCUUUCACCACCACACACCCCUUCGUCUUCAGCCGCCACCUAAAGAAACACCAGAGCGGAGGAGCGGGGGGCCUGGGCGGAGGCCUGGGAGGAGAAGAAGAGGAGGACGAUGAGGAGGCAGGAGAAGAGGAGCUGCCACUCCAGGGAACAUCUCCCGGGGGCUCGUUGUCGCGGAAGAGCCAGGAGAACUUGCUGUUCGGCGGAGGAGGGGGGAGCAGCGGAGGGAGCGGGAGCAACAGCCCUCUCAUGAGUCUAACGGCGUCCCAGGCGCUGCAGUCCGUGGCCCUGUCGCUCACGCUGGGCAAGUCCCGCCAGCCGGACGCCGCCGGCCCUCUGCACUGCCUGGUCAGCGCCAACGGCAACAGCGCCACCAGAAGCCCCGGCGGCCCGAGCGGCGGCGCCCCCUCCCUCUUCCUCCCCUCCUCCCGCCACGUGCUCGAGCAGUACAGGAACUGCGACCGGGCGCACCUGAUCCCCCUCACCACCCUGUUCACCCACAACAGCCGCUUCACAUUCCACUCGCACCUCCACUCCAGAUGGCGGCCCGCCACAUCUCCUCUCCUCUUCUCCUCCAGCUCGGCGUCCCCCUCCCGCUCUCCGCCCUCACCCGCCUCCCACAAACACUCCUUCCUGGCCUACCUGGGACUGAUGGAGAGGGCCAAGACCGUUUGACCUCGCCCACCUCCUCUCCUCCUCCUCCUCCUCGCUCUUUCCCUCACUCCUCGGACGGUGGUGUGAAUGACACUUGACCGCUGCAGUGGGAGCGACGUCUUUUCCAAUCAGACCAGCAGAAUAAGCUGGACCAGACAAACAUAUUGAAGAAAAGAAAAAAAAAAACAUUUAUAAGAGAAAAAGGCUGUACAUGCUAAAAAUGCAU